AUGGCGAUGACGACGUUUGAUCAGACCGCUGCCGCCGAGGUGGUGCGAAAAGCCAGUGAAAGUUCCUCCGACAGAGUUCAAGGCCGACAAUUGGGUGAACAACGACUGGCUGCCCGUGCUUUCCGCUGCUCCCAUGUGCCUCGAAGUGCUCGCGUCAUGUCAGCAGUUCAAGUCGGUGUUGGAGUCCUUGCCAGUCGAUCCAACCCGACAAGCCUUCUGAACGGGUCUAGUGGUGGUGAUAGCGUCGGCAAGAACACGAACAGUUCGGGACAAGCGAACGCCACCCCUGCUCCCACAAGCCCUGAUUUCGCUCACAACGGAGCCCUGCGACUCUGCAGACCUGCUAUCAGUGCCGUCGAGAUCCUAUACGAGAUCUUGGAUGACUCCAAAGGCGUGGACGGGGACCGAGUCACCGGAGGCAAUACGAACAAUGCUAAGUCGAAGAAAAACGAGAAGAAGCCCAGAGCUUCCGGAAGUGGUGCUUUCACUACACCCAGUCUCCAAGUGACGAGGCUCAUGCUUGAGGCUAUCAUGGAGCUUAUCAACAGAUAUCCGGAUGAAAAAUCGUGGGACUCAGGCUCAACCAUCCACAACAACAUCGUGAAGGCCCUAGGAGUCGCGGAGCAGUCAAGCGAGUAG